GAAAGUUGCAAUCACACUCUUUCUUUUUCCUUUAUAUGAGAUUAAGGAAGUUGUCUUUGUUGCUCCCUUAGACAAUUUUGCUUGUAAUAAUAAGCUUUAUAUAGCUCAGUCUACCGUCCGACUAGUUUUUGUAUACGUAGCUCAAUUUACUGUACUGUAACAGAAAAUAGCGUGUCAAUUUCAAUUUUUUUGUAAAUAAUACCGCGAGAUAUUUGGAAAUCAUCGCCUACACAUUAGUUAUAAAUACAUAAUAUAAAUUAAACGUAUUUACAAGAUAAUUAGAUUUCAAGGACGACGAGCAUCGACCGAGACAACAAUAUCAGAUAAAUAACUUCAUUUCAUUGAUAACAAAGCAAAUUUCUCUCGCUUAUAAAAAAUAUUAAAUAGUCAACAAACAACGUUCAGAGUUUGACAAGGGGCAGAUAGUGAAAAUAUUUUUUUAUUAGAGAAAAAGUAACUUUUAAAAAUGUGGAUCGCGUUGGCUUUGGUCGCUAUAGCGACGUUUUCUUGGUACUACUACCGGAAAAUGAACUAUUGGCGGACAUUGGGCGUUCCGCAGCCUUCUUUUUUGUUCAACAUUGGCCAAAUUGCCAAUUUGUUCGUGCAGAAAAGGAGUUUCGCCGACGCCGUGGCUUUAAUGUACAACAUGUUUCCGGAUAAGAGAUACGCCGGCGUGUAUUCUUUCAAUUCCCCGAUUCUCAUGAUCAGAGAUCCGGAAUUGCUGAAAGAACUGACCGUGAAGAAUUUCGAUCAUUUUACCGAUCACACGAACGUCAUAUCGGAGAAGGCCGAGCCCUUGUGGGGAAAAAAUCUAUUCGCUUUGAAAGGUAAAAGGUGGCGGGAAAUGCGCCCAAUUCUGAGCCCCUCGUUCACCAGCAGCAAGAUGCGCGCCAUCUUCGUUUUGAUAUCGGAAUGCGCGGAAAAUUUCGCCGAGCACUUCAAAAAAUCACCCGAAAAAACCGUCGAAAUCGAAUUGAAAGACAGCUUCACCCGCUUCACCAACGACGUCAUCGCCACGGCCGCCUUCGGCGUUAAAUCCGAUUCGCUGGCCGACAAGGACAAUCAAUUCUACCUCAUGGGAAAGGAACUGACGAAUUUCAGCGCGGGUUUCCUCUCCACGUUGAAGCUCCUGUUUAUCAUCGCUUUUCCCAAAGUAAUCGAAGUGCUGAAAUUGAGGAUAUUCAAAAAGGAAGUGGCGGAUUUUUUCGUUAAGACGAUAGAAGAAACGGUGGAGACGAGGAAGAAGAUGGGCAUCGUCAGACAGGACAUGAUUCAUUUGUUGAUCGAAGCUCAGAAAGGAUUGUCUGAGAACAAUAAAGAGGCUGAAGUGGAGGAUGAAAGUUUCGCAGCUCAAACCGAAUCUGAUUUGGGGAAAGCGCAGACUGUUCAAAAGGAACUGACCAACAUGGACAUCGCAGCUCAGGCUUUGAUAUUUUUCUUCGCCGGUUUUGAAUCCGUUUCGUCUUUGAUGUGCUUUAUGGGAUACGAAUUGGCGGCUAAUCCGGAUAUCCAGGAUAGAUUGCGUGAGGAAAUUAUGGAUACUUUGGACAGCCAUAAUGGAAAAUUGACCUACGAAGCUUUGAUUAAGAUGAACUAUUUGGAUAUGGUAGUAUCUGAGGCCUUGAGGAAAUGGCCAUCAGCCGGAGCAGUUGACAGGGAAUGCACCAAACCGUACACCAUCGAACCAAAAUUACCCGGGGAAAAACCGGUACACAUGCAACUAAAACAAGUCAUCUGGAUACCAAUAUACGCCAUACACCGCGACCCCUUCGUCUAUCCAGACCCGGAGAAAUUCGAUCCGGAACGGUUCAACGAGUACAACAAGGACAACAUCAAUCCUUACAAUUACUUACCGUUCGGAGCGGGUCCUAGGAAUUGCAUCGGUUCCAGAUUCGCCUUGCUGGAAAUCAAAACCGUUUUCUUCCAUUUGCUGGCCAAUUUCAAAGUGGUUCCCACCGAAAAAUCCCAGAUACCGCUCAAGUUGGCGUUGAAAAGCUUCAAUUUGACUGCGGAAGGCGGUUUUUGGUUCGGUUUAGAGAAGAUUAAUAAUUAAAAUGAUGAUUAAUAUAAUAUUAAUAUUACAGGUUGAGUCGUUUCUAUUACAUUAUUUAGGGAUUAUACAUGAGAAUUGGAUGUAUAUGAUUCAUCCUGUAUAAGUCAAGGUUAAUUUUAUACUGUUCAGUUUACCGUCCGACUAGUUUAACUAUUAGAUAAAAGGUUAAUAAUUUGUCAUAAAAAUUAUUCAUUUCCAUUAUGUUGUUUAAAAUAAAUAGAAAGUAAUGAAUAUCUUCUCUUUUGUUGAAAAAAUA